AUGGUGAAACUGGGGAAUAAUUUCAGCGAGAAGAGCACAAAGCAGCCCCUUUUGGAGGAUGGAUUUGACACCAUCCCCCUGAUCACACCCCUGGAUGUCAAUCAGCUCCAGUUCCCACCUCCUGAUAAGGUUGUGGUUAAAACGAAAACAGAAUAUGAACCUGAUCGCAAGAAGGGAAAGUUCCGUACUCCUAAAAUAGCUGAAUUCACAAUCAGCAUCACUGAAGGGGUUUCAGAAAGAUUUAAG